AGAUACGGCAAUUCGGACCGAUCACUUCAAGAUCAAGAGAACACCCAUGAGGCAACUCAGCUGACGUGUAUUUGUGCUGAAUGUCAAAACACAGUGUCACUUCUUUCCCUGAACUGAAUACGGUUGUCUGAAUAUGGGAACUUCAGAAAACUGAGGCAAGAUGACGUGGGUCGUGGAACAGAAGCGCAGUUGGGCAGAAUGGGCAGCAAUGAGGGUGUUGCAAGUGGGACCCAUACCCACCCACUUGGCUGUCAUCAUGGAUGGGAACCGUCGGUAUGCAAGACAGAAACAGCGUGAUACCUUGUCUGGCCACACACAGGGAUUCCACAAGCUGGCUGAGGUGUUGUCAUGGUGCCGUGAUUUGGGCAUCAGACACGUUACUGCCUAUGCCUUUAGUAUUGAAAACUUCAAAAGAUCAAAGAGUGAGGUGGAUGGUUUACUGAACUUGGCAAAAGAGAAGUUUGCUCUGAUUCUGGAAGAACAGGACAAGCUGGCUGAACAUGGAGUGUGUAUCAGUUUCCUGGGAAAACUUUCACUCUUGCCAGAAUCCAUCCAGAAAAUGGCAGCACAGGCUAUGCUGGCCACUCGACACAACAAUCAGUUCUUCCUUAACCUGGCUGUGGCUUAUACUGGCAGUGAAGAGAUCACCUCUGCAGUUCAGGAGCUGGCAGUAGGGGUGGCUGAAGACAGACUGAAAAGCUCUGAUGUCAAUGAAGAGGCAUUGGAAGCAUGCUUGUAUGGAAGCGGUAACCGGGACCCUGAUCUGCUUGUGCGGACGUCUGGGGAACACCGACUCUCUGAUUUCCUUCUCUGGCAGAGUGCAUACUCAUGUCUGUUUUUCACUAAAGUUCUGUGGCCUGACUUUUCCAUCUGGCAUCUAUUUGGCGCUGUGUUCUUCUACCAACGCCAGUACCACACACUAGCUGCUGCAAGACGUGAGGCUCUGGCCCAGCGGUGCCGGACUAUAGAGGAGAGGGAUCUAGAGCAGUGUCGAAGUCAGCAUGGUGAUAAGGUUACUCACGAGCAUCUGGCUGCCCAAGUUGCUGCUCGCACUGCUCGUCUGCAGUCUUUCCUUGAUCAUCGUAAGAAGCAGCAACUUGCUUACUUAUACAAACUGUCAUCCCUCACAGUGAUGGAACAAGAGAACAAAGUGGAAGAAAGUCAGCUCUUAUGACACUUGUACAUGAUAUCCUAAGCAUUGAGAGCUGUGCCAUAUAUUAUGAAUGAUCUCAUUCUUGACCACACCUUCAUCACUAAGCCAUGACUCACCACUAUUGAGAUGAUUUUUGAGAUAAGACUACAGCUCUGAAUGCAUUCUUUUGAAUGUUACGUGUCAAUAAAAUAUUUGCAUA